AUGAACUGUUUGACUGUAAUUGGUGACUCUACUGAAACAUCUGAAGUGAAAGAAAAAAAUUCGUUCCUGAAACAUCAGUCGGAAUUUGCCGCCAUAUGCUCAUUCAUCCACCACUUCGGAAAUGACUUAGGAGUCCACCUUACAUUCCCCCAGUUGUUAGAGUUUCUCACAGUCACCGAAGGAGCUCAUCGGAGAAAGUGGGAGACAUUACAUGUGAAGCUUCUCAACAAACUCAAAUUCCGUGCUCGUCCAGAACGCUGGGAAACAGUUUUGGGUCGCUUCUUGCUGAUUCAUGCUAGCAACGUGGACGGUUUGGCUGAUGCAGCCGCUAUACUCCAAGCAAAUCUUCUAGAUGUUCCUGGGUCAACCUCCGCGAGAAAUGAUCGAUACUAUGAUUUGGACACCCUCACUAGGACGAAAGUCUUUCUGUCCUUGUUGGAGUCACAAUUUGAUCGGAACCAGUCAUUUAAAGAGAAAGUCAAUAAUCGAUCACCUUUGGAACUCCGCUUUCAACCGUUGGGUACAGACGUGUGGGGGCAGGUAUAUUGGCUUUUAAAAGAUUCCGAGGUCAACAUUCUUAUGUAUCGCGAAGACCCAGAGCACCAGAAUAUUCGUCUAAUUUGUGAGUCGACCGAUGAUAUUCGUGCUUUACACAAUGAUCUAAAAGACGUUUGCUCCGGCGAUUUGAAGCUUUCAGCUAUCUUGGCAAAACGUCCCCCUAAAAGUAGAUCGGAAACCCCUCAAUCCUGUGAUCCGUUCACCCCCUCCCUAAAAUUGGAUCCAAUUAAACUUGAACAAUGUGCGGCAUUAACUCCCGAGGGUACCGAGGACCCAAUUGCACCAGCAUUUAUUGCACCACCAUCUCCCGUUGCCGAUAACUUGGGCAUCUCAGAACCAAUCAAAGCAGAGGAGCACACACAAGCAUUUGAGAACACUAGCACACAGAUGAACGGGAUUGAACAAGUUUUGCCACACGCUAGCAGCAAAGGCAGUCCGAAACACGUGUCCACCGGACUGGACGACGCUGAAGAUGUUACAUUGAACCAUUCAGUUGAAAAAACCGCAAUGUCCGCAGAGAACUCAAUCCAGUCGGCGCCUCCGGCCAACUCUUCGUCCUUGGAUGUACAUAGUACAGCAGAAACUCCAAAAAUUAGAUCUUCAAAGGUUGCUUUGAAAUCUGAAACAAAUGACGCCACAGCUGCUGUUAGUUCCUCCUUAAGAGAGGUCCGACGCAGUGGCCGACAGAGAAAACCUGUCGAAUUCCUCACAAUGGAACCACUUCAACCAAAACGUUGUCGAUUGAACUCAACAAUCGAUGUGUCAAAACAGACACAUUCGGAUAACACGGGAGUUACGCCUAAGCGAAAACGACGAACAAAGAAGCAAUUUUGUGACGUGGGAGUUGCGGAUCAAAACAGGGUUAUCACUGCUGGCAAGAAGCCCAAACGGAGGAGACGGAAAAAGCGUCACCGUAAAAGUGCUGCCUCUCGUUUAAAACCUUGGACGGUGCAAACGUCGUCCAGUGAGACGGAUGAAGAUGAUGACGUUUUCGAACUCGCCUUGCUAGAACAACAUAAUUUAUGUGAUGGAUCCGAUGCAGAAAUACGUCGAUCUCCAGUGAAAAGUGGUUACUGCUCCGAUUGGUUGGACAAACCGGAAAGUGACUUCAAUCCGGACGAUAUUGAGAUUGAUAGUGAUGUUGAUAGCCUAAUUCACGGACGAAAUCUUGCUCGCCAAAAAAGAUUACAAAAGAGACUAACAACAUCCACAGUAACCUCAGCGGAAGCAGACCCAGAUGAACCGUGCCAAAUUUGUUUAAAAUGUGACACACCAGAAUGGAUUUUACUUUGUGAUCGUUGUGAUUUGGGCCAUCAUGCAAUGUGUUUAUAUCCUCCUUUGUUUUCCAUUCCGGAAGGUGAUUGGUUUUGUCCACGUUGUCAGCACAUUUCCCUGGUGACCACUCUGUCACAAUGUGCCGACACCUUAGAUGCUGAACAAAAGAAGCAAACUAUAUGGAAGCGGAUGCAGGAGCGUCUGAACUAUGUCAAUAUUAGCAUGACCAAUAUAAUUGCUGAUAAAGAAGAUUUGGAGGGGGAUGAGGUUGAGACGAAUAUCAUAAGCAGAGGUAAGCGGAAGCGGAGCUCUGUGGCCUACCGUGACUCAUGUUCGAGUGCAGGAUUCUCCACCGAGAGUUUUGAAGGCUCAUCUUCAUCAAGUUAUUCGGACGGCGAGAAAUGGUUUGGACGCCGCGGUCCGAAGACCACCCGUUCCCAGCGCCCUCGUAGAUCAGCUGCACUGGGCCACGCCCCGCUGCAUAACCGGCUUAACUAUCGAUCUGAGCCCUCGUCUUUUGAAUCCGGGAAUGCCUCCUCCGAAGAACAGUUAACUGCUGUUUCCAGAGUCACACGUAGGCGCGAGACUCAUUACAACAUGAAUAACGCAUUUAAGUUGUUGGACGAAGCUCUCGAGGGAGACGAGAAAUAUCAGGAAGAAAAACGAUUACGAAAAUCGCAGAAGAACAAUGAGUUUGACGGUUUUGGUGCAAAUUGCAGAGCUCACUUAGAGGCCGAUGCUCAUUCUGAAGCGUCAAGUGAAAAGCAUGUAUCCAACGCUCCUGAACCCGCUUGGAGGGACAGCAAAUUUGGCAGAAUCGGAUUCAAAGCACGCCGCCGGCGACGCAGGCGCCGAAUUUCUACUUCUUCGAGCGAAUCAGGCGGAACAGAUUCCAAGAUAAAGGCUGGCGAUGACGAUGUAGACUUCUGCCCAUCUUCCAACGACGCUUGUAGCCAAAGUGAUGCCAGCGAGACAGAGCAAGAUGAGGUCUCGGAAUCGACGUCCAGCGACAAGAGUUGGCUCUGUGUAUCUCGCCAAUCUCGACGUAUAUCCAAAAAGAGAAAACCAGUAGCAAAGAUCAAUCGGAAUUACAGAGGUGUUUUCAAAUAUCGGAAACCUAUUCCACGUUUCGAGGCGUCUGCAUCGGAAGAAGGCGGCAGUGAAGAACCCGAAGGAAAUCGGAUUUUCCCUAAAAGACGUACUCGUACUGUCGUUAAGUAUGAUGAAUCGGAAGAGGAAGAAUCCGACUGCUUCGACAAUCUGGACUCGAAACCAUCGCGUUUUCCGGACAGGAAAGUAUGUGAAACACGUAGUUCGAAGACUCUGGACGAAGACUCCGAUGGAGAGCAAAUCAUUCAGACAGGAAAACCGAUUGGAAGGAGGACGAGACGAUGUGUUUUAUCUUCUGACAGUGAUUGUGGUCCUAACGAAAUGAGAGACAAAUGUGCAAAUGAUAACCUCCUGGUGGACAACUCAGCAGUUGCACCAUCCGAAAAUGAACCAACUGACCCCCUCAAUGGAGCGUCUUUAAUUAAACAGGAAGGCUAUGAAACCGUCACUCAUGAGGCUACCUCCGAACACAUAGCUUAUCGUGCGCCUUUUUCCGGCAGUCCAAGACAGUCUUUCAGAAAUUUGGCUAUCAAAGCUAGCUCCGACGAGGAAUCCGUUGAGGAGGAAGCUGAUAGCCUACUCCCUGUUCGUCCUGUCGUUCCCACCGUCCAUUCUUGCUCUGGCAGUUUCCUCGGGGCUCCUCAGUCACCAGAUCUCUUUGAUGUUGAAGCUAGUUGAUGUUUGUAUACCUUAUCUCUACCCUUUUCUAAUCCCCACUCACUGUACAUAAUCGUAACCUCCUCUUCGUACCGCGUAUCUUCUUAGUUCUACAGUAUCGUUCACACAGGCGUUUUACAGGUUCCAUACUAUCCUUUCAUCUUCCUUCUAUCGUACACUACAUGCAAUGUAAACGGACUAGAGACCACCUAGAUAUGUUGUCCAUCUCCAGUUUCCCGGUAACUACAUACAGUGGACGAUGUUAACACCCUCUUGCUGUACCAUCCAAUGUGCAUCCUGUCCGCAUGCGAACAUCCAUACGCCGGUGACAGCACUGGAAAAUCAUUCAGCCUAAACACCACCAUCUGGACCUCAGGGUCCCACAACAACCGACCUGUCUGU